GCAACAAAAAUUACAAAAUUCCAGAUCCAAUGGUGAAACGUGCAAAUUAUCAUCUCUAAAUAUCAUGGAAUAAUAUCGAUUUUUAUCUUAUCAAAUAUAUUCUAUCAAAGCAAAAUAUAUAUCGAUAUUUUAUUUUCAACCCUACUGCACGCGGGCAUAAAUAUAAAUAAUGGACAUUGAUUUGGGGUUUGCUGAAAAAGCGAGAUCGACCGCCUGGCUGAGCAAUCGUUAUUUUCCGAGUAAAUUAGGGGGCCGACCCGCUUGGCUAGAGCUCGAAGAUCUGCCGGGAAUCUCAACUUUGCUGUGCAACAAGUGCCGAGCACCAAAAUCCUUUCUCUGCCAAUUAUAUGCUCCUUACGAUGAUAUUUUUAAUUUCCAUCGCACCAUUUACGUCUUUGUAUGUCGUAACGCCGAUUGCCAGGAGGCCAACAAGGCCAACAAUAUAACCGCAUUGCGCGCACAGUUGCCUAGGAAAAACAAAUUUUAUUCAGAGGAGGAGCCUUCUGAAGAUGGCGAGCCGCUGCCAGCUAUACAAUGUCUCAAAAAAUUGUGUGCUGCCUGUGGAUGCUACGCCCCACACACUUGCAGUCGCUGCAAAUCGAUUAACUACUGCUCAUCCGCUCACCAACGAGCUCACUGGUCACAACAUAAGCCUGACUGUGGUACUAUCACGACGAUAUCUGGUAGCCAAAGCCAGUUAGAAGACAUUGUAUUUCCAGAAUAUGAAAUCGUCAUGGAUAGCAAUCCAACAGACGGGAAAAACGAGAGCAAUGAAGAAGACGGAGAACAGGAGCGUGCUCGCUUAGCAGAAUUUGAGGACCUAGCUGCCAGUGGCAAGACUGGCGAGCUAAAGGAUGUUUCCGAAGCUGAGCUGGACAAGUACUUUGGUAGUUCCGCGGCUGUGGAUGAUAAAACAUUUCGCAUUUUUAAAAUGGAAAUUGCUGCCGAACCGGAGCAGAUUGUACGUUACAAGCGUGGCGGCACGCCCCUGUGGAUUGCAAACACGACCGGUACUGUGGACAGUCAAUUGCAGUCGGUGCCAAACUGCUCACAAUGUGGAGGACCGCGUCAGUUCGAGUUCCAAAUAAUGCCUCAAACUUUAGUAAUACUGAAGGAUGACCGCCUGGACUGGGGUGUAAUAGCAAUCUACACAUGCACCACCAGCUGCGAUAUUAAGGGUUAUGUAGAGGAGCAUGUUAUAAAACAAGAUAUAGUCGAUAAACAGUCUUAGAAGAAAUGCAUACAAACAAUUUAAUUUGUAAAUUACGAAACAGCAAUAAUUAGACAAAUCCAAGAGAAAGAUGAUGUAGACUCCCGUUUGUUAAAUACAUUAGCACGAUGCUAUUUGAGCUUAA